GCGGCUCUGCAGUGGAAUACGCUCCUUAUUUGAGAGGAAGGUGAGAGCACUCGGAGUAACCGACCAGCGCGUGCGGAGCUGGACAGGACUUGACAGGAUAGGACUUAAACGCGGCAUCACGAGAGGAAAAAAGUCACUCCUGGGUUCCUCUCACUUCAAAAAAAACAUCGCUCAAAUCCCCAGACAGCUCCAGCGAAAAAGGGAAUAACAUCUGUUUAUCUGCAUAUUUCUAUGUUCAAAACACAAGAGGAGAAAAAACAGAGAUCGACGGAGGACACAAAACAUCUCAGAGGAUGCAGAAUUAGAAAGAACAAACUGUCGCUGGAGGACCAAAGGGAGGACAAACCUUUUUUCUCGCACAUCCACCAGUGUGGAGUCAGAUCACCUGUACCUCCGGAUUAAAGAGCAGGGUCAUGUCCCAGUUGCCAUGCGCAUCGCCACGCUGACCUGCCUCCCUGGCCCCUCCCCCUUCCUCUUUCUAUUGGCCCAGCUGCUACUGCGGCUCCUCCUCCCUGGGCCGGAGUUGGUGGGAGCCGCCUCCUCCUGCCCCUCCCACUGCACCUGCUCCAACCAGGCGAGCCGAGUCAUCUGCACGCGGCAGAGCCUGGAAGAGGUGCCCGAGAGCAUCUCAGUGAACACGCGAUACCUCAACCUGCAGGAGAACUCCAUACAGGUAAUCAAGUCAGACACUUUCAAGCACUUGAGGCACCUUGAGAUCCUCCAGCUCUCCAAGAAUCAGAUCCGUCAGAUUGAAGUCGGAGCAUUCAAUGGCCUCCCCAACCUCAACACACUGGAGCUUUUUGACAACCGCCUCACACUGGUGCCAUCACAUGCCUUUGAGUACCUCAGCAAGCUGCGGGAGCUGUGGCUGCGAAACAACCCCAUCGAGACUCUGCCGGGCUAUGCCUUCCACCGAGUGCCCUCGCUACGACGCCUGGACCUGGGUGAGCUCAAGAAGUUGGAUUUCAUCUCUGACGCAGCCUUUGUUGGCCUCAUCAAUCUACGAUACCUGAACCUUGGCAUGUGUGGGCUGAAAGACAUUCCCAAAUUGACAGCCCUUGUGCGUUUGGAGGAGCUGGAGUUGUCGGGGAACAGGCUGGAGAUCAUCCGACCUGGUUCCUUCCAGGGUUUGGUGUCUCUCCGCAAACUGUGGCUUAUGCACUCACAGGUGUCUGUCAUUGAACGCAAUGCCUUUGAUGACCUGAAAAACCUGGAGGAACUCAACCUGUCCCAUAACUCUCUACACUCGUUGCCCCAUGACCUCUUCACGCCUUUGCACCAGCUGGAGAGGGUUCACCUCAAUCACAACCCAUGGGUCUGCAACUGUGACGUACUUUGGCUUAGUUGGUGGUUGAAAGAAACAGUGCCCAGCAACACCACCUGCUGUGCCCGCUGCCAUGCACCGCCAUUCUUAAAAGGUAAAUACAUUGGAGAGCUUGAUCAGAGCCACUUCACUUGCUAUGCGCCUGUCAUUGUAGAGCCACCUACAGACCUCAAUGUCACUGAGGGUAUGGCUGCGGAGCUCAAGUGUCGUACAAGUACCUCCACAACAUCAGUCAACUGGAUCACCCCUAAUGGAACUCUAAUGACCCAUGGAUCUUACCGGGUUCGGAUAUCUGUUCUGCAUGAUGGCACACUCAACUUCACAAAUGUCACUUUGAGAGACACAGGGCAGUACACGUGUAUGGUGACCAACGCUGCUGGUAACACAACGGCAACAGCUGUCCUCAAUGUCACCGCUGCUGAUGCCAGUGUCAAUUACACCUACUUCACGACAGUCACUGUGGAAACAGUGGAGACCCCAGGAGAAGAGGAGUCUGCACUGCAAGCCAUCAACGAGACCUUCAUUCGCGUUCCCCCUGGUCCCACUCCCUCAGGCCACCUGUGGCCGGAUCAUGUUUCAACCACAGUGUCCUCCCUGCCAGUGUCCUCAUCUUCUCCUCGGGCCACCAGACCCACCUUCACUGUGCCCAUCACGGAACCAGGCUUCUCUGGCCUGGAUGACGUGAUGAAGACCACCAAGAUCAUCAUCGGCUGCUUCGUAGCUAUUACCUUCAUGGCAGCGGUGAUGCUGGUGGUGUUCUACAAGCUAAGGAAGCAGCACCAGCUGCAUAAGCACCACGGCCCUGCUCGAGCCAUUGAGAUCAUAAACGUGGAGGAUGAGCUGGGGGCUGGGGCAAGCGGUCGGGGAAGUGGCAUCUCAGGAGGCUCUACCAUGACCCAGAGUGGAAACAGUGGAUUAGGAGGGGGCCAGACCCUCCGACUGCACCAUCCGGAGAUUGUCAACCUGCCGAACCUGGCACGAUCGGAGCACCUCAACCACUACUACAAAACCCAUCACUUCAACAACAACACAAUGGGCCUGGGCAUUGGCACAGGUUCUGGAGUAGGCCUCAACAACAACAACAACCCCUCGCCUUGCUCUCAGUCUCAGAAUACGUGUUCCCAGAUUCAAACCUCCACCAGUGGAGGAACGCCCACAGGUGGAACCUUGCCCUCCCCUAUGCCCCUGCCCCAGUUGGGUCUCCACAGUUCUCUCAAAGGCCUUAUGGGGAAAAGCCAGAAUGAGCCUCUGCUUUUUAAGAGUGGCUCCAAGGAAAAUGUGCAAGAGACUCAAAUUUGAGUAGAAGUGAGAGCGGAAUAAGAGGUAGAGAUGCUUGAUAGAGACAGUGAGACAGAAAAGAGCCUGUGAGACCGAGUAAACAAGACUGAUUGUAGCCUACUGUCCUCCUGGGCAGGUUCCAGAAAAGAUUAUAUUUCACAUAGUCACUGCUUUACAUUGUCAGAGUGUUGACAGAGAGAAGCAGAUAGGUAGACAGAAGGAGACAGUGUACAACAUCGCAUCAGCACCAGUCCCAACAGUAGCAUUUUCACAUGCUUUUAAAUUCAGUUAGAAACAAACAUUUAAGAUGUACAAGCCAAACAUUAGAAUCAUUUAGCUGUCUGUUAACCCUGUGAUAGUCUCUGCCAAAGUUGAAGCCAACUCUUUUUAUUUGCUUCCACAAUCACAGUGGAAAUAUAUAAAUAAUGCACGAGUGAUGAACCUCUUUAGGUUUGAUGCAAAUGAAUGCAUAUAUUUCCAGACACAGUUCAUAUAUUUGGAGAGAGACAUAACACUGGCCAUCAAACAUGUUGUCGUAUUAGUGUUUGGCAGAGACUCCAGAUAACAAACAAUGGUUUGGGUGAGCGGUAUGGUCCCAGGUUUCCUGGAAGCACUAACACAGAAGAGAGAAAGCAAAAUUAGAGCAAUGCGAUGAUUCUGUCCAGGACACACGUAUCAGGCUGAUUCUUUGCAGGGAGACAGAAAACAACAUAUUAUUCAGAGAUGUUUUACUCUCAGUUUCUCACUAAGUCCCUUUUACAUCCUACUGGCUACUGUCUUCUUGGAAAGAGGAGAGAAAGAAGGUUUCAUCAUGGGGCAAGGAAAAUCCCCAUAAAGGACUUAGAGAGAUAUUAAAAAAAAAAAGACUGAAAGUACAUAUUAUAUAUACCGUAAAUAUAUUUUCAUUCAAAGAAAUAAAUUAUAAAGAAUCUUUAUCAAGCUUUGGACUUAAACUACAAAGUCUGAAGAAUAGUUUAAAAAAAAAAGAGGCACAGCUGUUGUAGUGGCCCUCCCUUUCGACUUUUCCGAACUUGGAACAAGAUGGCCGACUGUGCCGCGUACGAACACAUGUGGCGUCUGUCGAGAGGGAGCCAAAACAAAAACCUGGCAAUGUAUUUGAGUGAAUUUAUUUUGGUCUUGACUUUUUUGUAGCCACACAGAACGUGUUUUCCCUCUCCUGUCGCAUUCACACAAACAGGGUCAUUGCAGAAGGGAAAUCUUUACGAACCACGACUACAGCUCUUCAUCAUUUGUUAUACAGCAUAGCUAGAGUAUUAAUAAUAAUAAUCAUAAUGGUAAUAAUGAUAACAGGCUUUAGCUUUAUUUGUCAUAAUGGCCAUGUAAUGAUGAACAAUGUGGUAGAAUAUUUUACUGUAUUACUAAAAUGUUGCACAUGCUAGCUUGCUAGUCACAUUCUAGAUUUCGUAAAAAUAUUUCAAAAUGAAGAUAUGACAUGUUAUCAUUGUUAUCAUUAAUAUGACUAUUAUUAUUACUACUUGUGCCUAUAAAUAGCUGAGAAUACAUAUUUUUUCAUUUGUAUAUGACACUGAAGUUGUUUAGUGACUGACCCUGUUGGACUGGAAUAGCACUGGGACGAAGUCAGCGAACUCAACACGCAUCAGCAGGAAAUAACCCGGCCCUCAAGUAUGGCUUCCUCACUGACUGGCCUGCUCUGAUGUCUGGAGCAGGUGGGACCCCUCAUGUUAUCACACAGCUAAGACAGGACACGAACCUUUGAUGAAGACUGCCUCUUUGCGGGGGAUUAUUUCACAACUGUAUCUCAGUGUUAUCGUGUAUGAGUGGAUUUCAUGGCAGCAGGGAGCUAAGUGGACGGCAGGCACUGGCGAGCAUUUUUAAAGGUAAGCGAAGCUCGUUCAGUGAAGCAGAAGGUGGCAUACAGUGCAGUAUACAAUGGUGGGUGAAUUUUUUCUAAAGAUAAAGGACAAUUAAAUAAAAAAAUAUAGAAGCUUAUAGAUCUCUUUUAAAAAAAAAGACAAAAUUAUUAUGAUAAGUGUUUUUCAUUUUGGGUUUUUAUCAAGUUUGAUUAUUUUCUGUUUUUUUAAACAAGUGUUAUCUUUAUUGUAAUAUUGUUAUUGUUAUUAUAAUUAGCUAAUUACACUGGUUAUCAUUCUGAGAGAUGUUCUGUUAGCAGAGGUCACUUUGAAAAUUAAA